GCGCGCGCGCACCGCGCCUCCGGACCGUCGCCCCGCUCGCGAGCAGCCAGCACGCACAGCAGCGCACGCCAGCGGCCGCCGUCCCAGCGAGUGGUGCAGGGCGUUCGUGCAGCGGCUCGCAGAUGCGCGGCUGAGCCGUGUACGCGCUGGAGAGGGCCGCCGGGGGCCUGGGGCUCCUCGGCGCCGAGCGGGGAUGGCCGCAGCAGCAGCCUGCCCAGGCCCUCCAGCACACGAGUGCCGCCGCGCUUAGCGCCGCCGCCGCCGCCGCCGCGGCCGCGGCCGCCGCCGCCUCGGCGGUGCUCGGCGACGCCGGCAGCCAGCUGCAGCUCGUCAUGACGCCCACGUCCGCGCCGCCGCCGGCCGUGGCCGCCGCCAGCCCCAACAACCCCGUGGCCAUGAGCCAGCUCGGCACCGUCUACGCCACCAAGAGGCGACGGCGCAACGGCAAGAGCCUGAAGCCGGCGCAGAAGGACGGAGUGACCAAGUCGAAUCCGAGCAAGAGGCACCGGGAGCGGCUGAACGCCGAGCUGGACACCCUGGCGUCGCUGCUGCCCUUCGAGCAGAACAUACUGAGCAAGCUCGACCGGCUGAGCAUACUCAGGCUGAGCGUGAGCUACCUCAGAACCAAGAGCUACUUCCAAGUGGUCAUGCACAAGGACAAGGAGGACAACCCGCACUACCGCGGCGCCUACGAGCACCACCAGCAGCACCUGGACGGCGAGACGUUCCUGCAGGCGCUCAACGGCUUCCUGCUCAUCCUCACCUGCGACGGCGAGGUCUUCUUCGCCACGCACAGCAUCGAGAGCUACCUCGGCUUCCACCAGUCGGACAUAGUUCACCAGAGCGUGUACGAGCUGGUGCACAGCGAGGAUCGCGAGGAGCUGCAGCGACAGCUCAUGUGGAACUCGUUCUUACCGGCGGAGAGCGCCAGUCUGCCGCUGCACGAGGCGCUCGCGCCGCAGCACGCUCACCUGCUGGAGAGGAGCUUCACCGUCAGGUUCCGGUGUCUGCUCGACAAUACGUCCGGAUUUCUCCGCCUGGACAUCAGGGGCCGAGUAAAGGUGCUGCACGGCCAGAACACCAAGACGGAGGAGCCGCCCCUGGCGCUGUUCGCCCUGUGCACGCCGUUCGGGCCGCCCUCGCUGCUCGAGGUGCCGCAGAAGGAGGUCAUGUUCAAGAGCCGGCACAAGCUCGACCUGGGCCUGGUCUCCAUGGACCAGCGCGGCCGUACCCUGCUCGGCUACGACGAGGCCGAGCUGGCCAACCUCGGCGGCUACGACUUGGUCCACUUCGACGACCUGGCCUACGUCGCGAGCGCCCACCAGGAGUUGCUCAAGACCGGGGCGAGCGGCAUGAUCGCCUACAGGUACCAGACCAAGGACAGCGGCUGGCAGUGGCUGCAGACGAGCUCGCGCCUGCAGUACAAGAACUCCAAGCCCGACUACAUCACGUGCACGCACCGGCCUCUCAUGGAAGAGGAGGGUCGCGACCUGCUGGGCAAGCGGACGAUGGACUUCAAGGUGAGCUACCUGGACGCCGGCCUGACCAACAGCUACUUCUCGGACAGCGAGAGCCUCGGCGCCACGGUGGGCGCGGCCGGCAGCGGCGCCUGCAUGGGCGUCCAGCUGGCCGGCCCGACGACCGGCCAAGCGGCGCCGUCGCAGGCACAGCAGUCGCCGGCGGUCGCGGCGCCGGGUCCCGCGCCGCAGCCUCCGCCGGCCCAGCGCGUCAAUCGCCGCUACAAGACGCAGCUGAGGGACUUCCUGUCGACGUGCCGCAGCAAGCGAGCCAGCAAGAUGGCGAGUCAGCAGCAGCAGCAGCAGCAGCAGCAGCAACAGCAACAACAGCAGCAGCAGCAGCAGCAACAGCAGCUGCAGCAGCAGCUGCAACAGCACCAGCAGCAGCAGCAGCAGCAGCAGCAGCAGCAGCAGCAGGCCCAGCAACUGUCGCCGCUGUCCCCGGCGUCGACGCCAGCCUCGGUGGGCGGCGUCGGCGUCGCGCCGGUGGACUACCUGUCGGACAGCGCGGCGGCGGUAGUCGCGGCCUACGGCAACCUGAACAUGUACCCCGCGACGGCCACGUACCCGAGCUCGGCCGUGGCGGAGCCGAGCCUCGCGGGCUACGGCUACCCGCACCACCCGCAGACGCUCUACCCCGGCGGCUUCGCCGCCAGCGACAACCUCUUCCAGUACCGGCCGCUCGGCUCCUACUACCCCGAGUACCACUCGGCGCCCGGCGGCUACAACGGCUUCAUCGACCUGCCGCCGACCUACGAAAACGCCCACCAGCAGUACGCCGGCUACGCGGCCGAGCCGCCGAGCCUGGCUCGGGCGGGCAGCCGCCACUCGCUGGAGGCCGCCUCGGCCUCGUCCAACUCGGCGGGCAGCUCGCCCGCCUGCGCCAACAACAACAACAGCAGCAGCCACAACAACAACAACAGCAGCAGCCACAACAACAACAACGGGCUGCUCACGCCCAAGAGCGAGGACGUGAAGCCCGAGGUGCAGGCCUACCGGGGCGAGCUGCCGCGGGAGACGGUGCUGAUGUGGGGCGCGCCGCCCGCCCGGACGCCGCCGCGGAGCAACGGCAGCUACAGUCCCCCGGCGGCCAGGGCGCAGCUCGACGCGCGGCCGGACCCGCUCAAGAGCCUGCAGGAGAUGAACUCGCUGAACGGCGACUGCAAGUGGAAGCGCGCGUCGCCGGCGGCGAGUCCGCCGCGCAAGGCCCCGCCGGCCCCGGCGGUCGUGGUGCCCGCGCAACAGUCGCACUACCCGGUCGUCACGUCCGCGCAGUACGCGCCCGCGGCCUACCCCCCGCAGCCGCACCAGCAGCCGCCGCCGCCGCCGCCGCACCAGCAGGACUCCGAGGUAUGGCAGGGGCUUCAGCACUACCAGUACUAUCCCUACCACCACCAUCACCCCACUGCACCACGCCACGCGUCUCACGCCACCGAGUCGUCGUACUGCCCGGCUCUGCUGGACCAAUCGGAGCAACAGCAGCAGCAGCAGCAGCAGCCGCAGCAGCAGCCGCAGCAGCAGCAGCAGCAGAGCAGCAGCAUGCCAAGCCGGACGCCGGGAGUCCUCUGCUGUCCAUCACUGAGGUGACCAACACUCUCCUCAACCAGUGAACCAGCUGGACGCUAAAACAGAAGGCCGCUCUCGCCUCUUUCCUUUUUUUACUUGAUUAGGCCGCAGCUGCCGGACUCGCUUCCAACUGGUACGACGACCUUAGCCCCGAAAGAGGCGGGCGCGUUGGCCGUCUCCUCACCAUUCUUCCUUUGGUCGUCGCAACUACCACGUAGCCGCAUCAUUCGACGAACGCCAGCCACCGCAGCAACAUUAAACAUACGCGUAACCUCCUAAGAAUCCUUCUUCUCCUAAUUUGUAGAACAAAAAAAAAAUCCACGAAAACCUUAUGUAAUCUCUGUCUCUCGAAGCGCGACAAAAACGAAAGAAAAAUACGCAUUCUGUGAUAUGUGUUAGCUAAUUCUUUUUGUAAAACCGUGGAAAGCGAAAGUACGAUGGCGCGCUGACAAAUUUGGUGUUGGCAACGUCAAUCAUCAUCACAUCAUCAUAUCCUACACACGUACAUUGAACACACGAGCGUAUCUCACUCUCUCUCUCUCUCUCUCUCUCUCUUCUCUCCGGCCUUUAUUAGUGUGUCGUCAACUUUUCGAUGUCUUUCCCUUUUCGUUUCAUGUACUUAAAUUCGCGCAUCGUCGCUCGGUAUUUCGACCGUCGUGUGCAUUUAUAUAUUUAUAGUCGAGCUAGGAACUAAAUUCUUUUCCACGCCGCGUCCCAGCCUUUGCGAGACGUGUACACAUUAUAUACACGCAAACGUUACACAAAGAGCGAGACAUUCCAUUGUAAAUGUAUAAUGUAAAUGUAAUUUAUAUAUAUAAAUAUUAUAUAUAUUUAGGGAUACAUAUAUAUAGAGCUCAAAGCUGUCUCUCUUGCGGACAAAGCGUGUGUGUGACGAUAAAGUCGAUGUACAAUACGGAUGAAAACGUGACGUCGUUACACUCGUAUACAAGUAAGUCCAUUCCGAGACACGCGUAAUGAAGAAAAAACAAAUACAAAUUCUUUGAUUCUCUCUCUUUCUCUUUCGUCUUGAGUCCUCCGUGGAUAAAUCCAAUUGUAUUAUUACGUUAUAGCUAUAACGAUAAGUACUCGAAUCUAGUCCUUCGUACGAUGCGAAUUUAGACGUAGUAUAUUGAAUUUAAUUAGCUCUUUUCACAAUCUCAAUCUUCUUCUUCUUCCUCUUCUUCUUCCUCUUCUUCUUGUUCGUCAUUAUCGCUUUAGACUGUGAUAAAAUUGCUCGCUCCCGUUCGCCACACGCUCUUGAUUCUUCCUAACUCUUCUUGUGCAUAUCGACGGACCUGAACGAACUAAGGGAUACAGCGCGGCACGUUGGUACGAGCGAGAACGUUUACACAGUUCGCGAAGCAGUUUUUGUGUGUCCUCCUUCCAACCACCUAUUCACCCGGCCCACAUCGUAACGUGUACAGAAGCAAGGCCAAUCGACGACCGCCGAUUGUUCUUUCACCUUCAUUGUCACCCUCUCUCACUCUCUCCCCCUCUACUUCUCGCUAGCGCGACUGCACGGAAUUUUUCUUUUUAGUGCAAUACGUGCACGUAGCGUCAUUGUCAAUUGCGUCAUGCCAAAUCGCGUGGGAACUCGUAGAAAUGUCCUGCUGCCCCCCUCUCCUUCGACUUUUUCCAGUCCAGUCUCUUUUUUGAUAAUUACAUUGAACGACGCCUACUCGACUAUCGGAGAGAAAGCGAUUUACAUUGUCUAUCAGUUCUGUCUCUGUAGAAAACAAAAACGUCUUAUCUAAUUAUCAUAUAACGAUUCCACUGACACAAAGCAUUAAGCUCUACGUGAAUUUAACGAACGUUUAAAGAAGAAAAAAAAAGUGUAUCAAAAUGUUUAUAUAUGCAAUAAAUU